UAAGACACAAUUGUCUGUUCUCGUCACUGAGCAGGCAGUGCUGGUAGCUACCGUCUCACUCCCAACUGUUGAGUUAGAGCCAACGAUGUUGCGACUCAUCAUAUUUGCAGUCUGUGCAGUGGCUGGAAUUUCAGCUGGCUGUUCUCGUGGAUACACAGAGUUUGAAACCAAAACAUGCGUCCAAGUGGGCCGGAACAAUAACACUGAAGAAGUGGACCGAACACCUGCGCCCUGUCCCACAGGAUAUUUGCUGACCGCAAAUCCCAGAAUGUGUUUCCGAGUAAGUCCCCCUACUGAGAGGAAGGACUUCAAAAACGCCGCUACGUAUUGCGAGAGGAUGCGUAACGGCCGUCUUCUUGUUCUAAACGCUGAAGACAAGUAUGGCGUCGUAGCUGGACUUAUGGAGGUACUGGGGCCCACAGGACAAGCGCUUGGGUCUUUCGACGACGGUUUGUGGAUUGGUCUGAAGCGAGCCUCUCUGACACUGUUCAGAUGGAAAACGGGAUCCCCCUAUGUCCCCAACUGGGGCGUCGGGCAGCCGGAGAAAGUAAUUGGGACAGACUGUGGUCAGUUGUACCCCGGGGGCAUAAGGAACGAUCUGUGCAACCUCUACCGCCGAUACAUCUGUGAGAUCCCCGUUACCCAAUAACGGGUGCGGCACCGGGUGUCAGAUGUCAGUGAGAAGACCCCUCUCUUUAACAGAGAGAUACUCUGAUAACGUUGACGAAUAAUAAAGUCACUUGUGAAAAACC